ACAGUCUAAUCAUCAUCGUUGAUCAUUAAACAACGUAAGGCGCGUAUAGAAAAGUUAAACAAAAAUUAAAGAAAAGAAUAGCGUGUAAAAACAUACAAAUUGAAGUAAAAAGUCGACGAGAAAAUUCGUUUUCAUUUGUUCAAACAGUGCUAAAAAUAAAAGAAGGAAAGCAUUAUAGAGUAUGUAUGUAUGCAUGUAGAUAUAUGUGCAUACGUAUAACCUCUGAGAUCAAUCAACCAAAUCUGCAUUAAAAGAAGAGAAAUAUCUUAAUAAAAUAAAAUUAAAAAAGGAUUUAUUUACUGCAUGUGAAGACUAUUGUGCGUCAGCAGGUGUUAAAUAUUUGAACAUUUUCCAAGAAUAUUAAGAGCCAAGUGUGUGUGCUAGGUGAAACAAAAAGAACAAUUUUCAAUUGUCAUUUACGCAUAAUAAAAGUAAAAGUACAGCGUUGAAAAAUUGUACCCUCGUUAAAAAAAAAAAAUCGACAAAUCGAGUUUUAGCUGGAACGCAACGCGUUAAUUUUAAUAAAAAUCUUAACAUUUUCCAAUGUAGCCAUUUGGGGGAACUUAACACGAUCGUGGCCGUUUCGCAUGUUUCGUGUUAAUUUCAUAGUAAAUUUUAUAUAGCAAUAAAUGCAUGUAUUUGAGUAUCUUCACUGUGCACUCGUAUUCGAACAGAAAAAGUGAAAUUUUUCGCUCAACUAUUUAUUACAACACAAAAUUAUUUCCGUACACAACGUUUUUAUAUCAUUUGCCUGCAACUGUGUGCAUACAGCAUUCAGCAGCAAAAACCGAAAACAAAAAUACACAAAUAUACAAGCGAUAAGUCACGCGAGUUUGGAAUUUUUUGUAUUUCAAUGGGGUGACUUGUGGAACUGUGCUCUCCUGAACCCGGGACCAAAAGGGACUUUAUUGACCAAACACUCAAUUCAACUAACUCCGGCCUCUUUUAAAUAAAUAUUAGGAAAAAUAGCAACAUUUUUGGUUAUCUGCUAUUUAUGUACAAAACAAGAUCAGCUCAUUUUCAAAGUUCUCCUAAUACCAGCUUUAUUGCUAAAUGAAUACAUCACCAAUUAUUUGCAUUUAAAAAAUAUACCAAAGUAAAAGCAAUCUAAGCAGCCUAAAAUAAUUGAAAAACUCACCACUGAAUCCAUCGUUUCACAUCGUACACAAACCAGCUAGCGAUCUAAACGCUUCCUCCGAUGAGCAAUACGAUCGCUUCGCCAGUCAAAGUGGCCACAGACAUCCUAUACCUCAGUGCCCUCCAAUACGCAAGUGCCAACGCUGUCACCACGCUGGGAGCAGCCAUCGUCAGCACUAUCGACGCACACAGCCGCAGUCUUGAACAUUCGUACGCUGCACGCGCCGACCUCAAUUAUACCCUCGUGUAAAUCUUGCACAUCAUAUUGCCUUGUAACCAGUCAAUUGCUUGUGAAAUCUGAAUCCUAAUUUAACAUAAUCUGUAUUGAAAAAAGAGGCUCAUAUCUUAACAUAUCGUCACAUAUCGUUGCAUAUAGCGUGCAUACCAAACCAGCUUGAGAGCACAGCGUUCCGCGCGCUGCAGAGUUUUUUCUAGAUUUUGUAUCAAUUAAACUUCAAAACGGCCGGAACAAUGCUCAAAGUUGUUGGUGCAUCUUGGCAAAAAACACGAAUAGGGACUUACAUCCUUAUCGGUGCUGGUUUACUUGUGAUAGGAGCUUUCUUCAUUAGCUAUAUGGAACGUCCGAAAUAUAAUGGCACAUACUGUGCUACGGCAUUUUGGUCGAAACAGACUGGAUUUCACAUUGAAUACUGGAAACAGCAAAAUGAUCUACUUAACAUUCCAAAGGGUGCUGCUAGAGUUUGCUACAAGGAUUCCAUCUAUGAAAAUGGUUGGGCGCAAAUCGAGGUGGAAACUCAACGUACUUACCCGGACUGGGUACAGGCUUUCGGUGCUGGAAUACUUGAGGGCUCGUUGACAUGGAACAAUAUCUAUAAUCAAUGGAAAAACACCAUCGAAUCCUCCUGCGAACGUGAUGAGGAUUCGCAAACCUUUUGCUCUUGGCUGCGCGAUCUCCUGGACGAGAACUACAUUCGCAUUAAAGAGACAGCUGUACAACGCGGCGAGCACGACCACUACUGGCAUCAGAUCAGCCUCUACUUCAGUCAAUUGGAGGGCCUAGAAACGGGGUAUAUACGCGGCGCAUCUCGUGCACGUUCAGAUCUCGAAGAGGAAAUACCAUUUUCCGAUUUUCUACUUUUGAAUGCCGCCGCUGACAUUCAGGAUCUCAAAAUUUAUUUUGAGAACUUUGUAUGGAUGAAAAGUAAUGAAACAGCCGACACGGAGACCGCGGACGUUGUCACAGCUGAAGCAUCAGCUAAAGAAGCAGAAACAGGACCAAAGAAUUUCUUUCUACCGAGCGCCACAAUGCUGACGAAAAUCUUUCAAACCGCCGACGCACCCACAUGGCGGUUACUUUUUGGUCACAGCACUGCCGGCAGCUACGCUUCUAUGUUGCGCAUCCAAAAGCGUUAUAAAUUUCAUUAUCACUUCUCACCGAAUCAACGCUCGAAUACAGUGCCCGGCGUAGAUAUAACAUUUACCGGCUAUCCAGGCAUACUCGGCUCCACCGAUGACUUCUACAUCGUGAAGGGUCGUCAGGUGCAAUCCAUUGUCGGCGGUGUAGGCAUAAAGAAUGAGAAUCUCGAUUUGUGGAAGACAGUGAACGUUACACAAGCGUUGCCGUUGGCUGCGCGUGUCAUGGCCGCGAAUCGUAUAGCGCAGAAUCGUCGCACUUGGGCAAAGGCAAUGUCGCGUCACCCCUUCACUGGCUGCAAACAGUGGAUAACGGUCGACUUGAACAAACUGCGCCCCCAAGACAAUUUAUACAUGACGCUAGCCGAGGAUGAAAAACAUGACGAUGCCGCAUUGCCGUUGAAUGCCGCAGAUGAGGCAGCCAUAAAUGAACGUCAUAACCGCAACAAAGGAUUGGUAUGGAUUGUCGAGCAACUGCCGGGUCGCAUGCAUCUGAAAGAUGUCUCUGAGAAGUUUUUAACGGGCGCAAACUCAACAUGGAUUGCCAAUGGUGUGCCCUACUUCGAUGAGAUGUUGCAAGCUAGCGGCGUAUCCCCUGAAAAUGCCUAUCUCGACAUGAAGGCAGCGCUUGACGAAGAACUAACUAAUCUCGAGGCAGUCGAUCAGUUUAUGCGAAAACACGGUUUCCGAGGCGAUCUGCUAGGCGAAGAGUCGGUUGCGUAUGGCAACAUUGACAUCAAAUUGUUCUCCUACAAUGCGCAAAUAGGCAUUAGCGACUAUCAUGCCUUUGCUGGGCCCAUUUUUAUACGGCUACAGCACGUGCAACCGCGUGAAGCGAUUGCGAGUGUCGCAAGUGAAUCAACUGAUAUAGCUUCCAAUUUGAUGGAUGGACGCUUGAGUGUAAGCAUUGAUGAUGCGUCGCAGCUUGCCGAACUGGAGCGCAUAACCGAACAUCGAUCGGUGCGCAAUGACAUUCAAGCAAAUGCAAUGCGAAAGGCCUCCAGUGGUCCAUUUAAGUGGUCUAUAGUUCUAGAUCACGUGGCGGAUGUGCAACAUCAGGGGCAUCCAGAUGAAUUCAAUUUUGGCAAAGUAUCGCCAACAUGGGCGUGGUGACGUGGGAUGCGGUGAACAGUGUCUGGCUUAAUGCUCUGGUGCCUAUUCAAAUACAUAGCAAAUAAAGAAAUAUUUUAAUUUAAUUUCACAAUCAUUUUCACUACUACACAUGCAGGUGUGUGUAUCCAUUUAAAUUUGACGAGUGUAUUUUUGAGGCAUUUUUUAUUUAUGCUUGGAACUAAUCCGUUUGUCUUCUACCAAGAACCGAAGCAUAUUUUUUUUAGAAAAUUUUAUGAUUUAUAAUAAAUUCGUAGCAAUUGCGCCUAAGAAAGAAUGUUGUGAUUUUAAGCCGAUUGUGCAAAAUUAUUUCGAUUGUAUAAAUCGUAGAAAAAAUUGUAAACAUUUUAUAAAUUUUGUGCGUCCAUAGCAUUAAAAUUGUAAAAAAUUAAAAGAAACUAUGAACUUUAGUCUUCCAUAGUUCUAAAAUAUUUCUUGGAAAUUUUGUGUGUAAACAUCUUAUCAGGUGUGUUUUCCACGUCUAUCUAAGGUUUCUAACUUUUACACAGUGCAAUUGUGAGAAUAAAAAUACAUACAUAAAAAUAGAAAACAA